AUGGUUGCUCCUCUUGCACUCCUCUUCAUGACCCAGGGGAUAUUGCUGAUCACCCAGCUGAGCAAUGGUUGGUGCUGCACAGACUUAGAGGUGCCAGACUCACCUAUUAGAAAUUUCAUGAUGGAUCAGUGGAAAAGAGAACUGAAUUGGAUGAACAGCAUGAAUUUCACUGAGGGAUGGUGUUCAGUGACAGAAAGAGAUUUUGCCGAGACUAUAAUGGUAAAUUUACUAUGCAUAAAUGGAUCAGCCAUCGAACACUUCUCCUGUGUGAUUUAUAACAUUUCCCUCAUGAACUGCACUUGGCAGGCAGGCAGGAAGGCUCCAGCAGAUACACAGUACUUUCUCUACUGGCAGAAUUCAAGAGAGGACAAGGAGAUGGAAUGUGAGCUUUACAUUAAAGAUGAAAAUGGCAGAAACAUGGGAUGUAGAUUCCAAAAUGUGAGGAUUGAGAUUGAAAAAGCUUAUUUCCUGGUGAACGGGUCUAGCAAGGACUUCCUGAUCCAGUUCCAUGAUGAGUACAUUGACCUUUAUAAAAUUGAAAAGCUCAUGCCUCCAUCAAAUAUCACUGUCAAGUGUGAUGAAAUUAAAAAUGAUUGCAUAAUUAAAUGGCAACGACCCCAAAUAAGUCACUCUAACAAUGACAAGUGUUUCAAAUAUGAAAUCAAUAUAAAGUAUAAGGAUAACCCAGAAGGAAAAUCCAAAUAUACUUCUAUACAAGAAGGGAGAAACAGUCACACAUUUCCAAGAUCCAAUACAAGAAAGAAGUAUCUCUUGAAAAUGAGAGCAGCUGACAGUGCCUGCCUUGUGAGCUCAGCCUGGGGAGAGUGGAGUGCACCUGUUGAGUUUGGAAAUGAAGAAAUUAUCUUUUCUUCAGUAUGGAUUUUACUUCUGGUAGCAGUUGUGACCCCCUUAGUGCCAAUCAUUGCAAUUUUGUUCUGCAAAAGCACUGGCUGUUGGCAAGCUGCAUUUCCACAAAUUCCAGGGCCAAAAAAUGCUUUUUUUGGACUGCCUGAUACAAAUCCAGAGCUGAUGGAGAGCAAAAUUCAGUCAAUGACAUAUGAAAAUGAAGAUAUAACAUUAGUUGUUGACAUAGCAAGAUAA